UUUAUUAUGAGAGUGAUAUUGGGUUGAGGUUAUUUUUUCGUAUGAAUGUAAAUACAAAUAAGAAUUAAGACUGAAAAGCUAAAUACAUAUUAGUUUCUUAUUUUGUUAUAAUUAUGGGAACACGAAUUUUACAAAGAAUAGUCUUACCUGGUUUAAUAAACUCUUUUAAAUCUUGUCGCCAAAAUGUUAUACAAGUAAAGGAAGGAAUAGUUUAUCUCAAUCCAAUUAAUAAUGUUUUAAUUAGAAAUUACGCUAAGAAUAAAGAUAAAGGAAAAGAUAAAAAAGGUAAACAUGCCAAAAUAGACAUAAAUCCCGUGUUGAUGUCGGAACUAAUUCCAGUGGAUAAAAUGAAAGAAAGAUGUAUUGCUACUAUUGAUAAAAUGAAGGAAGAUUUUGCGAAAAACCUUUCACUGCGUUCCACAACGGGUUCCAUAGAAUCUUUACCAGUGAAAUUCGAAGGAAAAGACUAUGAAUUACAAGAGCUGGCUCAAAUUGUCCGCAAAAAUCCUAAAACGAUUGUGAUGAACUUUGCAUCCUUUCCUCAAGCUAUACCUGAUGCUUUAAAAGCUAUUUACAACUCUGGACUUAACUUAAACCCACAACAAGAUGGCACCACUUUAUAUGUGCCUGUCCCUAAAGUUACUAAAGAACACAGAGAAGCCUUAGCCAAAAACGCUAAAGCAUUAUACAUAAAAUGCAGGGAUGCACUUAAAGAUGUGCAAAAUGAUUAUCUCAAAAAAGCAAAGAAACAGACUGGAGUGUCUGAAGAUUUAGUUUUCAGUGUUACUAAACAAAUUGCAGCCGUUUGUGAAGAAUAUCAGAAUGAAGCUAAAAAUACCUAUGAAAUAAAACAUAAUGAACUUGUUGGAAAAUGAGUGUUUAACAGCUUGUUACAUUUUCAUUGUUAUUUUUAUAAUUACAAACAUUCAUUAAAAGGAUAA